AAAACUUUAGAAAGUCGGGUGUGCAGACUGGAGAUAAUGAGACUCCAGCAGGUUCAGUGCCUCCAUGUCGCGGCCUGUGUCGCCCUCUAGCGGCCGUCUGCGUGUCGGACACGGAGCAGCAGCGCAGCUCCGUCCUCUCUCCACCCUCACCACCGCCCUGUGGACUCUCCUUACGCACUGGAUUUACAACCCCGUGGCAAACUUUAUACUGUCACUUCAUCAGCAGAUGGAGUGAGGACAAAUCAUCCAGUCAUGGAUGGGGUGAAGGCGUAUAUGAUGUUUGGGGGUAUCCUGGCGGCGCUGGUGUCAGUUACCUCCGGACUGUCGCCACCAACCAUCGUGUCCAAUGAGGAGGAGUUCAUCCUGCAGCCCAACUCCGUCUUCAACAUCAGCUGCACCGGGAAAAGAAACGUGAUCUGGGCCGAACCCCUGCCGAAGAACACCUUCGUGUACCCCGGGUACUACACGGCCACACUCUUCAUCUACAACGCGACAGUGGAGAAUACCGGGUACUACAUGUGUGCGUAUGAAAAGCCCCAGGGUGAGCCGGAAGACGACCCGGAAGAGGAGGAAAAUGAGGCGGGAAUCUACGUGUUUGUCCCAGAUGCCCAGGCUCCAUUUGUCCCCGAGAUGCCCAAGAACUUGGUCAUCCCCAUGGAGCCCACUGGAGUCCCCAUCCCCUGCCGCGUGUCGGAUCCCUACACUCACGCCAUCCUGAGGAGUGUCGUCACUGGAGAGGAGAUGCCUGCCUACUACGACAACAAGAUGGGCUUCUUUGGAAGCCUCUCGCCCGGAAAGUACCUGUGUGAAACCAACGUGAACGGCCAGACGUUCAGAAGCGCCGUUUACACUGUGGAGACUGAGCUUGCAGAGGAGAUGGAGGACUUUGACAUCGAAGUUAAAGCCAGCGAGGAGACGGUGAGAGCAGGGCAGCCAUUUAACGUCACCUGUGUCGCUCCACCCGGCCCGGGCUUUCAGCAGCAGUGGCUUCACCCUAAAAAACAGGCUGUGGAUGCAGUUCAGAGGAAGCAGAUUCUUCCUGACCGGGUCAUCUACACCCUCAGUAUCCCACAAGCGACUGCUCAGGACAGCGGCACCUACGAGUGCUCCAUCACCCACUCACUCAGCGGCAAGGUCAGAGCCAGCAGCGUUGCUGUGACCGUCUUCGAAGAGAAUUCCUUCGUGGCACUGGACCACAGCGGGAUUCUGCCUAUGGAGUUUGUCAGCCUUUUAGAGGAGACAGAGUAUACCAUCCUCAUUAAUGCUUACCCAGCCCCCAAAGUGAUGUGGCUGAAAGACGGCAAAGCCUUACAGGGGAACUACUACGUCCUCGCCAAGACUAGCCACCUCAAAGGGAAUCGGUAUCAAAGCAUUCUGACAUUACGGCAGCCUCUGGUGAAAGACAAUGGAAAUUACACCAUCACUGUCCUCAGCGGCUCUCGCACUGCUCAAUUCUCCUUUUACCUCAAAGUGAAAGCCCCAACUGCAGCAAUGUUCCCACCGUCCUCAGCUCCAGUGUUAGUGCCACAGGAAGAGGAAAUAGUGGUGCCCCUCCACACUCCUUUCACCUUGACCUGUCGAGGAGAGGCAAAACUAGUCUGGGAGACACCACUCGAUGUUCCUGAGAUAGCACAGGAGGACAACAGCGGCCUGUUUGUCACCACCAUCACUGUGGACAACGCCACUGCAAUGCACACUGGCUUCUACAACUGCUACUACAGUAGUAACAGCACUGAAGAUACAGAGGACAGCAGCAUCUACGUCUAUGUGCCAGAUCCCGAUGUUCCGUUUGUGCCAUCGCCGGUUCCUUUUGGCAACCAUGUCCUGUCCGACCACGAGGAGAUGGAGAUCCAAUGUCGGGUGUCCGAUCCCAGUGCUAACGUGACGCUGGUCAACGUUGACACCCAGCAGCCUGUGCCUAGUGUUUAUGACAGCAAGAGGGGCGCUUUAGGAGUGUUCACAGCUGGAACCUACGUCUGUAAAGCCCUCAUAAACGGAGAGGAACACUAUAGCGGAGAAUACAUCGUCCACGGCUGGGCAGGGGGCGCUGGGCUGCAUGUUGAGCUGACAGCCAAACGGACUGCUCUGCUGGUGGGAGACACCCUUACUGUCACCUGUCUGGCUCGAGGAUCUGAAAUACUGGAAGACCACUGGAAAUACCCGGGCAAAGUGGCUAAUCGUGCUAUCAAAACUGUGCAUGAGAACAAGAGGGAUCAGGAGAUCCUUUACACGCUGACGAUCCCACAGGCCUCAACGAAGGACAGUGGCAUCUACUCCUGCUCCAUUACAGAUAUUAUCACCAAUGACAGCCAAACAAAGCAGCUAGCUAUUCGUGUUUUUGCGGGUGAGUUUAUGUCCAUCUUGCCGGAGUUCAGAGAAUAUGAAUCAGCAGAGCUGGAUGAGGUUCGAGAGUUCAGGGCCGAGAUCAGCUCCUUCCCCAGCGCACGUGUCACUUGGCUUAAAGACGGCAUCCCACUCAGCGAUGUGACAGCAGAGAUCUCCACCAGCCUCCGGCAGCUCAGCGAGACCAGCUACAUGAGUGUUCUUACCCUGAUCCGUGCCAAGGAGGAGGACAGCGGGAACUACACCAUGCGAGUGGAGAAUGGAGACCAAGUUCGCACUGUCGGAUUGAUCCUGGAGGUCAAAGUGCCUGCAGUCAUUGUGGACCUGAUGGACAUCCACCAUGGCUCAGCCACAGGCCAGUCUGUGGUGUGCAUUACUAGAGGGCAGCCCACUCCUGUGGUGGAGUGGUUCAUCUGCAAGAACAUCAAACAUUGUGCCAAUGACUCGUCUUCCUGGGCACCCCUCCCCGCCAACUCCACAGAGGUCACAAUGGACGCACACUUUGACGAAGACGAUAACCUGGAGAGCCAGGUCAUGUUUGGUCAUCUGGAAAACACGCUGGCGGUGCGCUGCCUGGCCAGGAAUGAAAUGGCAGCUGUCAGCAGGGAGGUGAAACUGGUGUCCAAUGGGCCUCACCCAGAGCUGACUGUAGCUGCUGCUGUGCUGGUGCUCCUGGUCAUAGUCAUCAUCUCACUCAUUGUGUUGGUUGUUAUCUGGAAACAGAAACCACGGUAUGAGAUCCGUUGGAGGGUCAUCGAGUCUGUGAGUCCAGACGGUCAUGAGUACAUCUACGUGGAUCCCAUGCAGCUUCCAUAUGACUCCAGAUGGGAGUUCCCUCGUGACAGACUAGUGCUCGGUCGUAUUCUGGGCUCUGGAGCCUUUGGGAAGGUGGUGGAGGGAACUGCAUAUGGACUCAGCCGCUCCCAACCUGUAAUGAAGGUGGCAGUGAAGAUGCUGAAACCCACGGCACGCUCCAGUGAGAAGCAGGCCCUGAUGUCUGAACUAAAGAUCAUGACUCAUCUUGGACCACAUCUCAACAUCGUUAACCUCUUGGGAGCAUGCACCAAGUCAGGGCCGAUCUACAUUAUCACAGAGUACUGCUUCUAUGGGGACCUGGUCAACUACCUGCACAAGAACAGGGAGAACUUCCUCAGCCUGAACCCAGAGAAAAAUAAUAAAAAAGAGCUGGACAUCUUUGGCAUCAACCCUACAGAUGAGAGCAGCAGGAGUUAUGUGAUCCUGUCGUUCGAGAGCAAAGGGGACUACAUGGAUAUGAAGCAGGCUGACAACACUCAGUAUGUGCCCAUGCUGGAGAUGAGCAAUGCCUCCAAGUACUCAGACAUCCAGGGGUCCAACUACGACCACCCGCCCUCUCAGAAAGGAUCAAGUGAGGGCGAGAUGGAGGAGCUGCUGUCAGACGACAUGAACGCGGGCCUCAGCACCACCGAUCUGCUCAGCUUUACCUACCAGGUGGCCAAAGGCAUGGAGUUCCUGGCUUCCAAAAAUUGUGUUCAUCGGGACCUCGCAGCCAGAAACGUCCUCCUAUCUCAAGGCAAGAUAGUGAAGAUCUGCGACUUUGGACUGGCCCGAGACAUCAUGCACGACAACAACUACGUCUCCAAAGGGAGUACUUUCCUGCCGGUGAAGUGGAUGGCACCAGAGAGUAUUUUUGACAACCUGUACACCACUCUCAGUGAUGUUUGGUCCUACGGCAUCCUGCUCUGGGAGAUAUUCUCCUUAGGUGGCACCCCGUACCCCGGGAUGGUCGUGGAUUCAAGCUUCUACAACAAGAUCAAGAGCGGAUACAGGAUGUCCAAACCAGAGCACGCACCUCAUGAUGUGUACGAGAUGAUGAUGAAGUGCUGGAACAGUGAGCCGGAGAAGAGGCCUUCUUUCCUCGGUCUGAGUGACACUGUUGCUUCCUUGCUGCCCUCCAGCUACAGGAGGCAUUAUGAGCGGGUCAACCACGAGUUCCUGAAGAGCGACCACCCCGCUGUGACUCGGGUGUGUGUGGAGAACGAUGAUGCCUACAUCGGCAUCUCCUACAAGAACCAGGGAAAACUCAAGGACCGGGAAAGUGGCUUCGACGAGCAGCGGCUAAGCUCAGACAGCGGCUACAUCAUUCCCCUCCCCGACCUGGACCCCAUAUCUGACGAUGAAUAUGGAAAGAGAAACAGACACAGUUCUCAGACGUCCGAGGAGAGCGCCAUUGAGACAGGCUCCAGCAGCUCCACCUUUGCCAAGCGUGAGGGUGAGACUCUGGAGGACAUCACGCUGCUGGAUGAGAUGUGUUUGGACUGUAGUGACCUGGUGGAGGACAGCUUCCUGUGACAACUACCCCGCCUGUAGAGCAGAGGUUGCAAAGAAAAGGGGUGCAAGGACACAGGAAACUGGAGAAAGACUUGUAAACCAACCAAAGACUCUGCUGUCUACCCUGCAACCCCUCCGUUCCUCCUCCCUGACCCCUACAGAGGACAGAACAAAACCACUUCGCUGUCUGAAUGAGUCUGUGGUGACAGUACGGUACGCCCUUUACUUCUCCCUGGACACUGCCCCCUGUUGGGCUGGAGGAGUGACCGCGCAUUGAUGAAAAAGUAGCGUCAAGGACUCAAAGAACCACCGAGCCUGUGCGAGACAAAAACAGAAUUGACUUUUAAAUCUACAGAGCUUUAUGCUAACGGGCAUUGUUUUAACAGCAAUAUAAGCAAGAAGGGACAAAAUCAACAUGUUGGUCAGCAACUCUAAAAGAACACCACAGGAUAUCAUUCAUAUGAUAUGUAUUUAACCACUACAGAUGCACUAAACUAAAUGAGUCCGAUACUAGCAACAGCAUUGGCAGGUAGACUCACUUCACACUCAACCUGCUGCAAGAGAAGCACCUGAUGCUGGCACAAUCAGUAGCAAUAUUCAGAUUAAAAAGCACAAAAUCUGGACUGUGUGCAUUUUUAUUUGUAUAUGACCAUAUUAUGUUUUCAAUGGCUAAAUACGUGCAGUAAUUCAAAUUUAUUUUUUUACUUCAUCAUUAUGUAAACAUGUAUUUUAUGUGAAUACAGAGUAGAUGUUGGCGUAGAUGAGAAUAGAGCUUCUGAGUUGCAUGCAUCUUCUCACCUUUUGCCCGAACACAACGUAAUAUGCUGAAAAGUCACCCCGGAUAGAGACUGAAGUCAUUUCUGCCACUUUGAAAAAUGAAGUGUGAUUGUAUUGUAUAUAGCUCCAGAGUUGUUUUAUAAGAGAGAGUUUUUGGGAGGACAGUAUUUUACGUAAGCACAUAUUCAAUUUCUGCACCCUCAUUCUCCCCCCAGUGAGGCCCAUGAACCAAUCGAAACAAAGGGAACAUUCGACCCUCUCCUCAAUAGGAAUAAUGUGAAAACAUCCGCCAUCCCAGUAGGGAGCACCUGGUGUUUGACAAUAUUUGUGGAUCACAAAGUUGCAUUAGAUAUAUUCAUAGUUUGUCAUGUUUUUUUUUUAUUGUAGAAGAUAUCAAAGAGAAGUUCAUCAUCGAAGUAAACAUGAAAAAAUAUGUUAAAAAAAAAAGAUAUCCAAUAGCAGUGCUUUAAAAGCGCAUUGUGUCUUCCAGUUUCAUAUAUUAUCCACUGUCCUGAAGUCUAUUAGCAGGUUCUAGUUAUACUAAGACACUAGAUGGACUAGAGAUUCAUGUUGAUCUGAUGUUAUACAUCAGUUAUGUGUAAACUCCUUGUAAUCCAGCUGUGCCACUGCCUUUGCCUCUCUCUCUCUUAACUGUGAUAUAAUCUGAACAUCAGCUGUUGCACUUUUCCUUUUAUUUCCAUUUCGGGUUGGAUGUUGCAGAAGAGUAAGCUAGGCUGAGCUAGAUACAAAAAAAGAGUAAACUUGCUUUGGCUUUAAAGCAGUGUGGAUGUGAAUGUGUGUGCCGCAGGUGAGUGAUGUGUCGUUGACGGUACAGUAAUCUGUAAUUAUAGGUAAUCACACCCAAUAUGAUGACUUAAUACUAUGUUUCCAUUAUGUUACAUCAUGUACAUUCAGAUGAUUUAUAUUUCAAUAAAUGAUUUAUAAUGUAAAAGAAUA